GAAACGUAAGUACAUCAUACAUUUAUCAGUAUCCUCUUUUUAUUAUUAUAUAAACUAUAAUAAUGUUUUCAAUUUUGUUAAUGGAAUAAUUGAUUAAGAAUAAAAAUGAUAGAAGUAUAUAUUUCAAAAAAUAACAAUAAUAUAGAUAUGAGGGACUCCAGAACAUGUCAGAGUCAGUGUUUGUGGGACUGUGUGAGAUAGUUGGAACCUCACAACAGGUGGCCCUGAGGAGGGAGACACAAGACAUCAGGGAGAUGGUGGACAGACGAGCAACAUCUAAUGAUGAGACCAGUGAGAUGUUGAGUGGAAGUGAGAGAGAAGGGUUCAGACUGAAGGGAUCAGAUGUUGAUAUUAUGUUCUGGCAAAACAACCACCGAGUGAUCAUGGACAUGUCUCAGUCUGAGUAUUACAACACAGCCAAUACAACCUUGAUUCUCUCUGACAGUUCCGAGAGUCCACCAGGAUUCACUUUACUUCAGUUACUGACACCAACAACAACUGAAGAAGUCCAUUCAGCAUGUGUCAGAAUGAAUGCCAGAGUCUAUAUAUCUAGUUCUAUUUACAGACGGUUAACUUGUUCAGCAGUAUUUCCUAAUUCAACUGUACAUGGACCCUGUGGUAGUGGUAAUAUAGCAGGGAGAUUAGAAUACGACACUGCCUUCUGUUUUGUUUGUGACUUUUGGCCUUCGUCUGCCUCCUCAUGGAUAGACAGAUGUCACUCAUGGCCUGAUCCUGAAGUUGUUCAUGAUAUUGUCAGAAAUGGGUGUCACUUUGUAGCAAUGGGACACCCAUUAGGACCAAAUGAAAACGUAGCGUGGAGAAUUUCUUUUUCUCUGGCAGAAUAUAAACUUGUGUAUUCAAUGAACCACAGUCAAUUUUUAACAUAUGGGUUGUUAAAACUUUUCCUAAAGGAAGUAAUAAAUCAUCAGUUAGAAGAAACCAAUAAACUGUUGUGUUCCUAUCACAUGAAGACAACAGUUUUCUGGGCCAUUCAACAAAACACACUACCUCACUGGCGCCAUCAAAAUCUCCUGGCCGGUUUCUGGGUCUGCUUUAAACUCCUACUUAAAUGGGUGUCUGAGGGAGUUUGUCCGAACUUUUUCAUCCCACAAAACAACAUGUUUUUGACAAAGGUCUAUGGACCAGCACAAAACAGAUUGUUCCUACAGUUACAUGAACUGUACAAGAAAGGUCUGGCCUGUCUGUUACAGAGUUCCUCUAUCAGGUCCUACAUCAUUAAUGUCCUGUACAAUCCUAGACUUUUUAUUUGUACAGAUGAGAGAUUAAUGAGGAGUGAAGUUGAUCUUGAUAGAGAACUUGUUAAUGAGACCUCUUACAUUGGUGCAAUUAGGACAAAUAGCCAUAACAAAUACAUACACAUAAUAGAACAGUUGGUAGAAUCAACCCUGACACACUAUCAAGCUGUUAUGUUACAGAGAAUUACAGCCUUCAUAUUUCAGAGUAUAUCCUUUAUAUUACACAACGAAUACAUACACACAGGUGUCAACAAACAGAUGUAUAUUGCAGAUAAACUGUCCUGUCACAUGCUGAAAUUAGCAGCCAAGUUUGGGUGUAUAUCUGACAUGUUGUACAUUGCCAUGUAUUAUUACAAGACACUCAGAUACAGGGAAGCUUUAUCUGUUAUAGAGAUGACAAAGGUCAAGUUAGCACAGCCAUAUCUGAUGUAUAGACAUGUAGACAGAGAGAGGUAUACUGAGGCUGUAGGGGGACAGCCCUGCUUUACAAAGAUGAGACAGGCUGUAGCAAGGAAUAUCACACUUGAAAACAGAAUCUGUUAUAUCAGUGAACUAAUACCAGAACAACAGUCUGCACUACAGAUCAGAGAGCCUACAUUAUUUAUCCCAGUGUUUGUAAUGUUACACUUCCUAGAGUUCUUGUGUCACAGACACAUUGAUAUGACAUUAUCACAAGCAGCUGUAGAUGAGCUACAGGUCCUAGUCCACCAUGAUCAGGGAAUGUAUAUAUAUGAUCUAUCCAGAGACAUCUCCUGGGAGAUCCUGGGGAUCUGUCAACAGAUCACAGGGAACCUCCAGGCUGCUCUAUACUCAUACCAACAGUCACUCACACAGCAUCCAAUGAACAGAAUACAAACUGCUACACAGAGGAGAAUACAUGAUAUGGUUCAGUCUACACCACACCAGUAAAUAAACCAGUAUGGUGGAAUAUUAGACCAAGAUUGAGAGGUCAUCAACAAAAACAACAUUUACACUAACUUUUUUAAUUAGUUCUACUGUAGUAAUAUAUAAGGAAAAAAAUUCAAAUACGUACACAAUGACACUCCUUACAAUUGUACAUUUUUUGCAUUCAUCCGUAAAUUGUUACAAAAGGAUAGUUUUUUUUCUGCCAGGGUUGGAAUUAUUAUGAUAAUUCAUAAUCUUAAUAUCAAGGAUUUGCUAAUUUAUUACUAGAAAUCUCAAAGUGCUCUCCUUGAUUGCAAUUUAAAGAUGCAAUAUAUAUCAAAUUAUAAUGACCUAGGCCUAUAUCUCCUCUCAGCCUAUCAAAUCACCUGGCACAA